UAGGAAAAGAUAUACAAGAGAAAAGUACUGAAACAGAACAUAAGUGCGCAGAAAACAUCUGGUAUAUUUUACUAAGUAAGAUGGAGAACAACUUCACAGUUAAUGCAAACAGCACCGAACUCGUCAAAACCCUGGAUGCAGAUGCCAUAUUGGGAAUCGUAUCGCUAAUUAUUGUUGUACUUGCGAUUCCAAUAAUCAUACUUACGCUGAUAAUUUUAAUUGCGGGGCCAAAAAAGACUACUCAUGAAUCAGAACAUAAUUCGACAUUGACUACGAUAAGUGCAGAUUCCAACACAGAAACUGCCAAAAAUUCCGCCCCUAACAGUACGUCACCAACAACAUUCACAAGUAAAAAUGACGAUUUCUAUAAAGAAGGUAUAGAGAUAUUCAUUAGUUUACUUGUGUACUCAAUAUUCUUGACGUAUAUCGGAAUAUACCUAAUAGCGUAUGAGCGGAAAAAGACUGAUCUUGAAUCGCCACAUAAUUCGACACUGAGUAUGAUAAGUGGAAUUAAUUCCACCACUAAUAGUACAUCACCGACACUUUUCACAUGAGCAAACGAAUAACUGUCAUCGCCACACCACGUAUCAGCAGAAACAAAUAUAAUCCGCGCAGAAGACACCGCAGACAUCUCUUCCUGUGAGGAAGACUGUUAGUCUCCGAGAAAAAUGGCCACAUGUUGGGACACGCAGUAAAAUAGGUCCUAAAUCGUACUCAAGUUCGAUCUACGGGGGACCCGUUCGUCCUAGGGAACAUCGGCGGCACGUUGAGCCUAAGAGGCCUCCAACCCUGUAGUCGUACUUUUAGAAGAUCUUCUCUGAUGGUGAUGUUCACAUCCCCAUGUUGUCAGAUAACAAUGCUACAAUAUCUCAAGCUCAUUUGUUGUCGGCUUCAAGUGGCCAUCAUGUGAUCGAGUAGGGUCCAGUCUUCGUCAGCAACUCACGUGUGUAGUCUCAGUAGUGCACGGGAGAUCUCAUCUAGCUCGAGUCGGGAGUGGCGGAUGCCCUGGAGGAGUGGGCUAAAGACCACUCCAAUCCACGAGAGCGUGAAUCACACCCAGAGUGAGCUAGAUUGGAUCACUGGUGCACUUGUGGGAAAUUCAAAUCCAGCCCAGAAGAUGGUAGCAGAAUUUGAAGACUCAGAAUGACCAUAUGUGAGUUUCUUGGAUAUUCAUCAUGGCUGACCUCCUGUUAUAGAAACAACUGUGCCUCAUUUGGCAUCAUAACCCCGAGACCCUCCCAAAUAGUUUGGAUUGCAGCCACAAUUAAUAAUCACAUACAUAAGCGGGGAAUGGCCGAAACGCAGUGGAAUGCAAGUGUUCUUCGAGGCAUACUUUAUUUCCCUGCAGUGUGUAAGCAUGCAUGCACUCUCAGUUACGAACACUGGAAUAAAAUUUACCGCAUUGCACAUCUCUUACUUCAAGAAUGGGGGAAGGAUAUUUCUAAUUCCGGCCUCAGAAUGAGGUCAGGGUAGCCAAAAUAAAAUGUUCGAUUCACCAAAUAUGGACGUUGCAUCUUAGAUUCUUGUGUAAAAUCUUGGACAGCUUUCUUCUAACUUAAACUGAAGUUCCACGUGCUUCCCUAGUGUUGCUACUAAAUAAAAUAUUCCCUUUA